CAGACGCCAUUUGCAAUUUUAUUGCGAAUGAAAUAGCGGCGUAGUUUUGUUGUGAAAUUCAAACAAAAGCUCUCGUUUUAGCGUGUGUAUCAUUAUAAAUGUGAAGUUCAUAUAAAAUAACUACAAACAAGAUAUAAAACCGUGUUCGCUAUGGAAACGUCACUGGACGCGUCCCUAGUGGCGCAGUCCAUAAAUUACCACGGGCAGCAACUCCAAAAAACGUGGGAGGGUGAACGCGGGGAGGAUGAUUUAACGAAGAUCGGAGUGGGUUCGCUGGAUUUCGCGGUGUACCAGUCCAGGCACAAGCACCUGACAUUCCAAGACCGGUCAAAGCGACUCAAACUUCACCAGUUCAUAGCGAAGGAGGCCAAUGCUAUAUUUGAUUCUACAUUGCUGGAAGAAACGCCGUCUUCGUCGAGUUUGGGCGCUGAUGCUACCACACCAGAAGAUAAUCUCUAUGCUUUGAUGCCCCCAUUUGAAACAUUCUUGAAUGUUGAUAAAUCGGCAAGAUUGAGGCAUUUCUUUGACAAUGUGAAGACAGGAGAACUUAUAAUUGGUGCAGUGAUCAACAGGACUGCUUCUGGCAUGAUGCUCAAGGUACUCUGCACAGCAGGGCCCACUUCCAGAUUUGUGGCAGACAUUAAUGUGAAGGCAUUUUUACCAGUUACAAAUAUCAUACCAGCUGUAGACAAGAAAAAUGUAUCAAGAAACUACCUGAUGAAUGACACUGUGUGCUGCGAAGUCAUUGAAGUUAUCCCAGAUACGGACAAAAUGGUGUGCGGCAUGAAAGGAGCCACCCGCGGCCCGGACGAUCCUCCGCCAAAGCCCCCUCUAGGACUGCUCAGCACAGACGACUUUCCGCUGGUGUACAAGAAAACUAUGGAUAUGAAAGGAGAAAGUUAUGAAGCUAUUUUGGAGAAGAGUCCAGGCUUCAAUAACCCCAACUGCGUCCAAUAUCUCUCUGAACUGCUAGGAAUCGCGAACAUGCAUUGCACCAACUUCCAAUCACUAAGGGGUGGAUUCCCGCCGCCGGAUUGUGCCGAUGAACUUCGCCAAGCGCAAGCCAGCAAGUGGGCAUUCCGCUCGGUCGCUGAAGGAAUAGAACAUUUCAAGGCUGGAAGACACUCAGAAGCAUUCCAAUGUUUGAACAAAGCUCUCAGUAUAGAUCCGAGAAACGUAGAAGGCCUAGUAGCAAGAGGAGCUCUGUAUGCAAAUAGUGGAACAUUCAAGAAGGCCAUAGAAGAUUUUGAGACUUCUUUGAAACUAAACCCUAAUCAUGCUAAUGCAAGGAAAUAUCUUGGAGAGACUCUCGUAGCUUUAGGUCGUAGCUAUGAGGAUGAGAACAAGAUAACUGAAGCCCAGAAGGCAUACGAAGAUUGCUUAGCUAUCAUACCAUUCCAUGAAGAGGCUCAGAAUUCGUUAGACUUCCUGAAGAGUAAAACAUCGACGACCAAGCCAUUGAUUGAACCAGCUGAGCUGUUGUUGCCUGGUCUGACCGGUGCCAAGUCGUUUGAAAUGAAAGAGACACUGAAACAGCUGUUGAAUUUGACGGAGAAGAAGGAAAAGAAAAAGAAGAAGAAGAGAGGCAAGGGUAAGAAGAAGAGGUCUAGCAGUUCCUCGUCAUCGUCAAGUGACUCGAGUAGUUCCAGUUCCUCCUCUGAAUCGUCGUCCUCAUCUUCGGAAAGCAGUGAUUCGGAAGGCCCCAACCGAAAGAAGAAGAGGCGUUCGCAAUCGAACAACAAGCGGCAGCGGUCUCUGUCGCCGCUCAGCAAACGGAUGGCGAUGCUUGGAGAGGCUGAUUCUGCGUCUCGCACCCACAACUCUCAGUUCAACCACCCCUACGGGUACCAGCCGCCGCCGCCGCCUAUUGAAGAGAACAACUCGCAGCCCAUCAGAUCGCAAGCUGAUAUCGACUAUGAGCUGAAGGUCCGCAAAUUCCUGGAAAUGACCAAGGAGGAUUCGGACUACGAGGACAAAGUGCGCAACUUCCUCGAGGAGACGGCGCAGUACAAGCGCAACCGCAAGAUGCAGGAGCUCGGCCAACAGCCGCAGCCGGGCGCCGAGCACGACAAGAAGAAGAAGAAGAAGAAAGAUAAGAAAAAGAAGAAAGAAUCAAAGAGGAAGCGCAAGGAACAAGAGAGGGAAGACAAAAGAAAGGCGAAACUCGCUCGCGCAGCGGCCAACAACUCGGAGUACAGCUUGCGCGACCUGGAGAACAUCAGCGACAAGAAAUUCAGAGAUGCCAUAAGGAAAGAAUUGAAAGGGAAAAAGAGAGACCUCAGUUCUGAGGGCGAAUAUGACAGAAAACACGGGGACAAGAGGAUAUUAGACGAGAUGCACGGCCUAGAAGAGUUGGAGUCAAAACUGAGCGCGUACCACGUGAUGGUGGAGAAAGAAAUGGUCGGCAAACGUGACGGGCGCGGCUCCGUCAGUCCAUUGGAUCAAGCACCGCCGCCGCCGCUGGAGAAACCCAAGUGGAAGAUGUCUAUGAGCGCUGUGAAAGAUUCGGUAAAGAAGAAGGAUGCCCCUGUAUCAAAGGGUUACAAAGAAAGAUACGCGUUUGAAGAUAGCUCAGACGAUUCCCAAGACGCACCAAAGCCGGCGCCGGGCGAUAAGAACGUGUCAGUGCGGCGUGCCAUGGCCAUGAAGGAGCCGCCGCCGCUGCCGGCCGCGCCGCCGCCUUCCAAGUCGCGCGAGCCCGACCCGCCCGGCACCGAGCCCGUGCACCCGCCGGUGCGCAAAGGCAACAUAGUCCUCGACAAGUUCGGCUCGUUCCGUCUCGCUCAGGAAGGCGAGACUCCCGUAUCGGUCGGCGACGGGCGGCCCGAGCAAUUCGUGACGCGCAUCAAACCGCCCACGCCGGCCGGCCGCCGCCCUCGUUCGCCGCCCUCGCCGCGCCGAAGGUCAUCGAACUCCUCCGACGACGACCGACGCUCGCCCAAAAGGUCUAGAAGCAGGUCCCGUCCUCGCAAGUACCGCUCCCGCUCAGGCUCGCGGUCUCGCUCGGGUUCCAGCGCGUCUGGCUCGGCGGCGUCGCGGCGCCGGCGCUCGGCCUCCCCGCGGUCGCGCUCGCGAUCCGACGCAAGCCGAUCGUACUACUCGCGGAGCCGAAGUCGCAGCCGAUCCACGUCGAGAGACAGGGGUAAUCGCCGCUUCAACCGCCGCGGCAACUGGCGCGGGCGAGGCGGGUACGAGCGCGGCACGUACUACCGGCCUCGCUUCCACACUUACAACGGCGGCGGCAACCGCGGACGCGGCCGCGGCGGCGACUUCAGGCGCGACGAUGGACGCCGCUUCCAGCCCGAGUGGCGCGAUAACAGGUCGCGCGGCGGACGACCUUUCAGGCCUAGGAGGGGAGGCGGCGGGAGGGGUAGACCUUUCAGGGGUGGAUUCCGUGACUUCCGAGACCGCCGUGGUGGCAGGUACUCUCGAUCCCGCAGCCCCGACCGCACUCGUCGCUCCCGCUCCUACAGUCCUGAGAGGCGUGACAAAGACAGAGACAGCUACUCGCGCUACUCUGAACGCGACAGCCAUCGCAGCGAAGGAGAGUACGAGGAAGAAAGAUACGUUGACAGGAAAGAGUACGACGGGAAGUGGGCCGACGGCAACGAACCAGAACGUCCCCCCGCUGAAGAGAAGCCCGCCGAACAACCCCCCAAAGAAUAGAUGUCAUUACGCGCGAGUAGGCUAGGGCGACGGUUACAAGUCAUAGGGUGCCCAGUGAGUUUGCACGAUUUAGUUUUACACUGUGUGUACACACUAUUCUUAUAAUUAUUAUCGUUUAGUUGUAAAUAUAGUUAUGGUGAUAAGACAAUUAAAGUUUCAGUGAAGUCCAUUGUUUAAUUUUAAAUCAUACAUUAUAAUUAUCACAAACAUACCGUUUGUAGAGCAUUUGAUUUUAAAUUAGAUUACUUUUUGGUGCCAGAUAAUGUUGCAAUAUUAAUUUAACUGAUUACAUUUCGCCGUGUAUUUCUGAAUUAAUAUUAUCUUAUUCCUCCCUAAAGUUAUGUAAUAUUAAACUGGGUCUGUAAUUAUUAUUAUCUUUGCCAAACCAAAUUUGUUUAGCUCAACAGCAAAAUAAAUGUUUUUAAUGUGAA